GAUCCCUUGCAAUCUCUUUAGAUAGUUUUCUCAGAGCUCCAAAGGAAUACUCAAGAGGCCAGUGAUUACCAAUCAACUCUGCCUCUUCCCUCCGCGGGAACCUGACUGCACCAUGCUGGGCCGCAAGGAUCGCACACAGACCUAACACCCGUACUGUGCCGCGAUGAGCAGGUACAAGAGAGAAGAGAGAACAAAAUGAAUGGUGGCAGUGAAAGUGGAGGAGGAGAUAACUAUGGAGGGGUCCCAAUGGUCCAGGUGCCUAUUGGCUGGGAGAGGAGGGUGGAGCCAGGCACUGUGCUAUACAUAAGUCCAAGUGGUACAGUUCUUACCUCUAUGGAUCAGUUGAAGACCUACCUGGUGAUGGAUGGAACUUGUAAGUGUGGCCUGGAGUGUCCCCUUAACAUCUACAAGGUUUUUAACUUUGAUCCUAGAGCUGUGGUGAAGAGGCGCAGCGCAGAAGACGUGAAGGCUGAGGAGGAUAUGACCAAACUCUGCAACCAUCGUAGGAAAAUUGUGGCCCUUGCUACCUUGUACAAGAGCAUUGAAAGUACUCCCCUUGCACUACAAAAUCAAGCUGCUGGAUGUGGCUCAAGUCAAAAUUUUCAUGCACCAUCCACCAGCCCAAAGAUGGGACAACACCCUUGUUCACUCGAUCCUGACAUCUUCACGAAACUAAUGAUGGAGAAGGCCCAUAGCAUGCCUGCUCACCAUUCUGAGAAUCCCCUGGAUCACAAAUCGGAUACUUUCACUCCUAACCCUGGAGAAAGGUACUCUGGCUUACGAUCCAGUCAGCGGCCUGUUGUGCCCAGGCAUCAUGGGGCACCUCUUGGUGAGUCCUAUGCCUUAAGAAACUGUCCAACGGUGCCAUCAAAUGGUAACUAUGAGUUGUUUUCAAGGACUUCGCAAGCCAUAUCUAAUGAACUGUGUUCCAGUUCUUUCUCACAAGUAAAGUCUUCCCAACACCGGCCUUCCUAUCCCUCAUGUAGUCAAGAACUUGCAGGCCUCUCCCCCAAACCGAUAGCUCUUAAUGCUUGUAGCUUUGUGCCAGGUGGCGCAUUCUCCAGGACGCUGGAUGAGUCUCCUCAGGUGUCUCGACGGCCUUUUGCCUUUCCUGAGAAAGAUCCGCUAGGCAUCUUGGAUUCCAACAGCUGUAGACCACCUACUCCAAAGCACCAUGUAUUAAACUCUCCUCCCUUAAUUCAGUCUCAGGUUCCCUUAUUGAACCAUCACCCUACUCCUGAGCACAACCCAAGCAACAUGAACUCCCUUGCACUGCCUCCUCCUCCAUUUUCACCUUUCACCCGUAGUGGAGUACUGACUUCUCCUUCUACAACUAGGUCUUCAAUAUCCUCCAUCUCUUCCCCAGCUGGCAGUGUGGAGCCAUCCCCUCAGCGGUCCCGCCACUCAUCUGCCUCCUCUGAGCACUUUCCUGCCCCCACAAGGUCAAGUUCUAGAUCUCCCAGGCCCAUCAGCCCUCCCAAGCGCUCUGUGCCCCACAGUCCAAAAGCAAUACUUGAAGGCCUCUCUCCUUUUGGGCAGGCCCAACUGGGAUCUUCUUCAAAUGCCAGCCAUGCCUUAACCCACCAAAGCAAUAAAUCAGCACCACCGGUGUCUUUGGGAGCAGCGCAAGGCUUACUGGGCUUUCCUCUCGGGUGCAUAUUGGGUCAGCAAAGCAAUGCUUCCUUCCCAGCCAGCAGCCUCCUUACUGCUGCUGCUAAGGCCCAAAUGGCAAAUCAAACCAAACCUGAAACCACAGCCCCAAGCACUUUACCCAGCCGAUUGCUGAAUCCCAAUACGUUGCUUUCUACAUCUGUCACACAGGAAGGUCGGUCCCUUCCCAGCAGGACUCAUUCCCAGAGAAGGGAUGUAAUGGUGAAGAGAAAAAGACGAAAGAAUUCUCCAGGCCUUGAUACCAGUCCACAGGAUACUAGUAAGGUUCUCCAAACUCCCAGUAGUCCUAGUGGGCACUCCCGAUUAAAUUCUUGUGUAUCAAAGUUUGCUGGAUUUGGGGGACAGCUUGAUGAAGACAUGGGAAAAUCCAAAGUUCUUAAUACACAGUCAGUGUCUGGUCAGACUCCCUCUUCCCUUCAAAUGCCUCGUACAUCUGUGGAGGAGCCCCCAAGCCAAAGCAAAAAUCUAAGCAUGUCUCCAGCUUCUCAAGAUAUCAGCAACCAUCUUCUUGGCCUUGUAGGGCAAAUAGUCCAGACUGCUACAGAACAGAACUCAGGGACUCCUUUACCACUGAAGUUACCUUCAACACCCACUGGGGCAAAUCCAUCUUCAUCCUCUGGCCGACCCAACCAGUCUCCAGUACCAAAAUCUUCUCCAGCCCCCAGCCUGUCACAAAGUGGUAUCACAGAAGGCAACAGUGAUCUGCCAUGUUCUCUGCCGUCUGCUGGGGACAGUUUCUCCUUCUUGAGCCAGGAUCAAGUCUUGCCAUUUUCUGCCACACCUGCGCUUUUAAACCUAGCCAUGCUAGGUUCAUUGCCACUCUCCUUCAGCUUGAACCAGCAACAACAGCUGCUUAACCAAGGCUUAGUCAAUUUACUGUCCUCAUCUAUAUUGGGAAGUGCAGAUCUUGGCCUCUUGGGACUCCAGAAUCCUCCUUUGACGUUGUCCUCUUUGGGUGAUCCAGAAACUAGUGCUCUGCAAGCUCUACUUAUGGCAUCUCUUCUACAUAAUCCUCUUUUACCACUGGGAGGACUUGGACUACCACAGCUUGAUAUUCCACCUCAGAAUCAACAACAAAACAGCCUUCUGUCAUCUCUCGCACCUUUGCUGGAUGCUCUGCCCUCUUCACAUACUGACACAACUGAGAAACCUGAGACACACCUGACCUUGUCUGAGACUUUCCCCGAAAACUCACUCCAACCACUGCUCUUCCCUCCUGUCUCUGCCUCUCCAGCCCUCAUGGCCCUGAAUUCCGCACUACUGGCUGCCAGUUUAGGGGCUGUUGACUCCUCUGCCUGCCCUGGACAGAGCUGCAUCAAUACCUCCUGCUCCGGGUCUGCCUCUAUUACUACAACCACUAAUUCACCUGCCUUAUCAGAGGGGAAGAUCCCUCCGUCAGAGCCACACAGCCCCUUCCAGCUCCAACCAUCACAAGCGACGUUGUCUGGAAGGCUAAACACACUAAUGCCCCCUCUGCUCAACCCUCUGCUCACUGCUGGUUUGUUGGGUGAUCUGGCAGCGCUGAACUCAAAUCCUGGUGCCCAGUUGGGAAGCCUUCACUCUUUUCUAGGAGCUCAGGCCCUGCUACACAACCAGCAGGCAUUUUUACCAUCUCUUCCAGGAGCCCUGGGAAUGCACUUCUUCCAGGGACAGUCACUUUUACAAGGACAGCGGAGCAAUGCUCAGACACAUUCAAUGUCAGAGAAAGAAGUCAACUCUUCGUCUCAGCCAGAGACCUGCAUUACACCCACAUCUCAGCCCCCAUCAAUCUCUCAACAGCCAUCUGACUCCAAUUUCCCUUCCCAGAGACCUGAUAUGACUAACAGGUCUCAGACUUUGCCGCUGCCCUUGUUGCGACCUGGUUCCUAUGUCUCCAACACCUCAAGUGCCUUUGAAAUUGGACUUAUCCCCAAAGGCUCCCCAUUUCAGGGACCAGUCCGAACUGACCUUCCCCCGGACACACCUUCUGAUCCCCCAAGAACAGAUACAUUAUCCCAGUCAUUGGAUCCUCCCUCUGAGACAGAACCAGAAGCAUCUCCACUGAAAAGGUGCAGGAUGCUUACUGAUGCUGUAAUUUCCUCUGAAGUCCCUAACGGAGCUUCCCCAAACCUCCCAUGGAUGGGUUCACCUCAUCCACCCAAUACGUCAAACCUUCCUGAAAGAGAACUCUCUAAGGGUAAAGAGCGAAGCUAUAGGUUCAAUGGUCGCUCCCGAGGAGAGAGAUCUUAUGGUCGUCGACCCCGUGGUGAUAGGCUCUCCAGUUCACGGCACUCGUACUGGAGAUUCAAUGGAGAGGAAGCCACACAGAACGAUGGAGAAGAAGCAGGUCACAGUCAAGAUCUGACCCAGCCUGUGCUGGCAAUGUCUCCAUAUUCUCACCAUUGGCAGGAAGAGGGAGGACAGCCCAGGGAGCAGGAGGUGGAUGUGCCACCCCAGCUGCUGAAACGCUCCCGGCGUGGCAGAAGAAGAGGCCAAAAUUCACAGAGGAUGAAUUCUCGCCUAGAAGACGUUCCUGCAAAAUGGUCAAGUGUGGAUCCCGCUAAUGGAUUAAAUGCUGAACGUCCCAUUGUCCGGCAAAACAGGCCUGGCCGUCCUGCCAAGAACAGAAGACGGAGGAUGAUUUAGCAUAUUUUAGCCAGUUUUAUUACAAUACCAUAUUCGGCAGACCUGUAUCUGCACUCUUCACCUCAAAGGCACUUCCCAUAUCCUCAGACAACCUUACAGUUUAGUCUGCAUACAGCUAGCUAGAGAUUAGAAUUGAUAUUUGUCUUUCCCUGUAAAAGAAACAAACCAUA